AUGUUCCCACGGUACCGCACAACGGCUAUUGCAUGGCUCGUCCAGCUAGCCUGCAUCACGCAGUAUGCUACGGGAUCGCCUUACCAGAGCCACGAGCCUCGACUGGGCGCCGUGGCAUCUGAGAAAGACGUUUGCAGCAAGAUCGGCAUCCAGCUCCUCAAGGACGGCGGCAAUGCAGCAGAUGCGCUGGUGGGCACCGUGCUGUGCGUCGGCGUGAUCGGCAUGGUUCACAGUGGCAUCGGAGGCGGCGGCUUCAUGCUCGUUCGCAGUAGCAAUGGAAGCUACGAGUUCAUCGAUUUCAGAGAGACGGCGCCCGCCGCAGCUUUCGAAGACAUGUACACAAACAAUACCGCUGCCAGCUUGUACGGAGGACUCGCGAGUGGUGUACCUGGUGAACUUCGAGGCCUGGAGUACCUGCACAAGAACUAUGGAAAAUUGCCCUGGGAAUGCGUGGUGAAGCCGGCAAUCAAGGUAGCCCGCGAAGGCUUCAGGGUGGAUGAGGACCAGGUUCGUUACAUGGAUUCCGUAACCCCCAACGGCAAAUUCUUCACCGAAGACCCGUCUUGGGCUAUGGACUUUGCACCGCAUGGCACCAGACUCCAGUUGAAUGACACCAUGACGCGAAAGCGUUAUGCAGACACGUUGGAGGUAAUAUCCCAGGAAGGACCUGAUGCCUUCUACACGGGAGCCAUUGCGAACGCGACUGUCUCUGCACUGCAGAAAUCCAACGGGACCAUGACCUUGGAAGACUUGAAGAACUACACCGUAGCCUUGAGGAAGCCUUCGUCGAUCACUUACCGCGGGUACAAGUUGACUACCUGCGGUACCCCCGCAGGCGGUUCUGUUGCCUUGAGCGCCUUGAAAAUCGUCGACGGCUACUCUGGAUUCGACGACCCUUCCGCCAUCAACCUUACGACUCACCGUCUUGAUGAGGCUAUGAGAUUCGCGUAUGGCCAACGGACCAAGUUGGGAGACCCCUCAUUCCUCGAUGGUAUCCUCGAGUACCAGCAGUCCAUGCUUUCUGAUGCCGCAGCCGCGGAGAUCCGGUCCAAGAUCUCGGACGUCGCCACUCAGAACGUAUCAGCAUACGACCCUUCCGGUAUCGAGAGUCUCGAGACCCCUGGUACGAGCUAUGUUGGCGCGGCCGAUGCCAGCGGCCUCUCGAUCAGCUUGACAACGACUAUUAAUACCUUGUUUGGAUCGCAACUCAUGGUCCCUGAGACUGGAGUCAUCAUGAAUAAUGAGAUGAACGAUUUCUCCAUCCCCGGAUCAAGCAAUGCUUUCGGCUAUAUUCCCAGCCCCUCAAACUACGUGCGACCUGGGAAGCGACCUCUGUCAUCGAUUUCACCCACUAUUGUCGAGACUGCGGAUGGCAAGCUUUACUUCGUAGUUGGAUCGGCUGGUGGCAGCCGUAUUAUUACAGCCACGAUUCAAAACAUCCACCACGUAAUUGACCAGGGCAUGACCGCGCCUGAGGCAUUGGCCCAACCCAGGCUUCAUGACCAGCUGGUACCGAACCAGGUCUCCUUCGAGUGGGCUUAUGACAACAGCACGGUUGCGUUCAUGCAGAGCCUUGGCCACAACGUGACCUGGACUGCCCCAGGUUCGAGCACAGCACAGGCCCUGAGGUUGCUACCCAAUGGAACUUUCGAGGCGGCAGGUGAACCAAGACAGAUUAAUUCUGGUGGCUACGCGAUUUGA